CAUUAAAAAAGAAGGAAGAAGAACAGCUACAGUUUGAGCGCUCAGUUCGUGCAGGGGCGAGGUGGGCGUGCCGCAGUGUCUGUGCUCAUGAAUCCUGUGUGCGGUGCAGUUUUCCCGAAUUCCAUGCUCUGAUCGGCCUUCACUCGUCGCUGGACCCUGGGAUUUAAUGAGACGGAGAAAAGGAUGUUCAUCAUGAGAGAGCAGGUGGAUGUGAUUCACGCUGGAGAACAGCAGAUGCUGCAGACACUAGUGAAGAUUGAAGUGAAGCAGGAGGAGAUAAAAGAAGAAAACACAACAGAGGAACAACAGGAAGAUGAUGAUGAAGAGCAGAUGCUGCAGACACUAGUGAAGAUUGAAGUGAAGCAGGAGAUUAAAGAAGAAAACACAACAGAGGAACAACAGGAAGAUGAUGAUGAAGAGCAGAUGCUGCAGACACCAGUGAAGAUUGAAGUGAAGCAGGAGGAGAUAAAAGUAGAAAACACAACAGAAGAACAACAGAGUGAUGAAGAUGAUGAUGAACAGAAGAUGCUGAAGACACCAGUGAAGAUUGAAGUGAAGCAGGAGGAGAUAAAAGUAGAAAACACAACAGAAGAACAACAGAGUGAUGAAGAUGAUGAUGAACAGAAGAUGCUGAAGACACCAGUGAAGAUUGAAGUGAAGCAGGAGGAGAUAAAAGAAGAAACCACAGCAGAAGAACAGAGAGAUGAAGAUGAUGAUGUACAGCAGAUGCUUCAGACACCAGUGAAGAUGUGUUCAGUGAAGCUGCUGGACUGCAGGAAUCUGAUGAAGAUGAGAGGAGAAAACACAACAGAGGAACAACAGAGUGAUGAAGAUGAUGAUGAUGAAACCACAACAGAGGAACAUCAGAAUGAUGAAGAUGAUUUUACUCCUUCAGGGCUGAUGGAAGUGAAAGAAGAACAUCAAGAACUGAAUGAAGUGGAAGAGAAGUAUCAUGAAGAAAAAUCUUUGAGUUGCUCAAAGACUAAAAAUAAUUUUUCACUAAUUUAUCCUCAAAGAAGAGCAGGCAAGAAAGUUUUUACUUGCUCUCAGUGCAGAAAAUGUUUCACAAAUAAAAGACGGCUUGAUGUACACAUGAGAGUUCACACUGGAGAGAAGCCUUUCACAUGCCGUUUGUGUGGAAAGAGUUUCACACAUAAAGGAAAUUUUAAUGUGCACAUGAGAAUUCAUAAUGUAGAAAAACCUUACAAGUGCUCACACUGUGGAAAGAGUUUCACUCAUUCACAAACCCUGAGAACACAUGAGAGAAUUCAUAAUGGAGAGAAACAAUACAAAUGCUCACACUGUGGAAAGAGUUUCACUCGGCCAGACAAAUUGAAAUCACAUGAAAGAAUUCAUACUGGAGAGAAACCUUACAAGUGCUCAAACUGUGGAAAGAGUUUCACUCGGCCAGACAAAUUGAAAUUACAUGAGAGAAUCCAUACUGGAGAGGAACCUUACAAGUGCUCGCACUGUGAAAGGAGUUUCACUCGGCCAGACAGCUUGAAAUUACAUGAGAGAAUCCAUUCUGGAGAGGAACUUUACAAGUGCUCACACUGUGAAAAGAGUUUCACUCGGUCAGAAAACCUGAAAGCACAUGAGAGAAUCCAUACUGGAGAGGAACUUUACAAGUGCUCACACUGUGAAAAGAGUUUCACUCGGUCAGAAAACCUAAAAACACAUGAGAGAAUUCAUACUGGAGAGAAACCUUACAAGUGCUCACAAUGUGGAAAGAGUUUCACUUGGUCACAAAGCUUGAAAAAACAUGAGAGAAUUCAUACUGGAGAGAAACCAUACAAGUGCUCACACUGUGGAAAGAGUUUCACUUUGCCAGACAGCUUGAGAGCACAUGAGAGAAUGCAUACUGGAGAGAAACCAUACAAGUGCUCACACUGUGGAAAGAGUUUCACUCUGUCAAAAAUCCUGAAAAAACAUGAGAGAAUUCACACUGUAGAGAAACCAUACAAGUGCUCACACUGUGAAAUGAGAUUCACUAAGUCACAAAACCUAGAAACACACAAGAGAAUCCAUACUGGAGAGAAACCAUUCAAGUGUUCACACUGUGAAAAGAGUUUCACUCGGUCAGAACAUCUGAAAACACACGAGAGAAAUCAUACUAGAGAGAAACCAUACAAGUGCUCACACUGUGAAAAGAGUUUCAUUCAUUCACAAACCCUGAAAACACAUGAGAGAACUCAUACUGGAGAGAAACAUUACAAGUGCUCACACUGUGAAAAGAGUUUCACUCGGUCACAACACCUGAAAACUCACGAGAGAAUUCAUACUGGAGAGAAACCUUACAAGUGCUCACACUGUGGAAAGAGUUUCAAUGCACCACAAAGAUUGAAAACGCACAAGAGAAUUCAUACUGGAGAGAAACCUUACAAGUGCUCUCACUGUGAAAAGAGUUUCACUUGGCCAGACAGCUUGAAAUCACACGAGAGAAUUCAUACUGGAGAGAAACCAUACAAGUGCUCACACUGUGGAAAGAGUUUCACUGCGCCACAAAGCUUGAAAACACACAAGAGAAUUCAUACCGGAGAGAAACCUUACAAGUGCUCACACUGUGGAAAGAGUUUCACUUGGCCAGACAGCUUGAAAUCACAUGAGAGAGUUCAUACAGGAGAGAAACCAUACAAGUGCUCACACUGUGGAAAGAGUUUCACUCUGUCAAAAAACCUGAAAACACAUGAGAGAAUUCAUACUGGAGAGAAACCAUACAAGUGCUCACACUGUGGAAAGAGUUUCACUCAGUCAAAAACCCUGAAAAAACAUGAGAGAAUUCAUACUGGAGAGAAACCAUACAAGUGCUCACACUGUGGAAAGACUUUCAUUCUGUCAAAAACCCUGAAAAAACAUGAGAGAAUUCACACUGGAAAAAAGCCAUUUGAAUGUGAUAAAUGUGGUAAAACAUUUGUUGAGUAUUCAGUCCUUAACCAACAUCAGAAAACGCACACAAAUGAGAAGCCUUACCAGUGUUCUUUCUGUGGAAAGAGUUUUACACGGCUGUCCUAUUUGAAAAAGCACGAAAACAUUCAUUCCGGUGCUAGGGUUCAUAUGUGUUUUAAAUGUGGAAAGAUCUUUAUUAAAUCCAGACACUUGGAACAGCACCAAAGAAUCCAUACUGGAGAGAAACCAUACAAGUGCUCACACUGUGAAAAGACAGCUUCCAAUCGCAACAAAUUGAAAUUACAUGAAAGAAUUCAUACUGGAGAAAAACCUUACAAAUGCUCACACUGUGGAAAGAGCUUCACUCAGCCAAACAAAUUGAAAUUACAUGAAAGAAUUCAUACUGGAAAGAAACCUUACAAGUGCUCACACUGUGAAAAGAGUUUCUCUCGGCCAGACAACUUGAAAUUACACGAGAGAUAUCAUUCCGGAGAGAAACCUUACAAGUGCUCACACUGUGGAAAGAGUUUCACUCAGUCAGUACAGCUGAAAACACAUGAGAGAAAUCAUACCGGAGAGAAACCAUACAAGUGCUCACACUGUGGAAAGAGUUUCACUCAUUCACAAACUCUGAGAACACACAAGAGAAUUCAUAAUGGAGAGAAAUACAAGUGCUCACACUGUGGAAAGAGUUUCACUCGGCCAGACAAAUUGAAACCACAUGAGAGAAUUCAUACUGGAGAGAAACCUUACAAGUGCUCAAACUGUGGAAAGAGUUUCUCUCGGCCAGACAAACUGAAAUCACAUGAAAGAAUUCAUACUGGAGAGAAACCAUACAAGUGCUCACAGUGUGGAAAGAGAUUCACUGCAUCACAAAGCUUGAAAACACACAAGAGAAUUCAUACCGGAGAGAAACCAUAUAAGUGCUCACACUGUGGAAAGACUUUCAAUUGGCCAGACAGCUUGAAAUCACACGAGAGAACUCAUACCGGAGAGAAACCAUACAAGUGCUCACACUGUGGAAAGAGUUUCACUCAGUCAAAAAACCUGAAAACACACGAGAGAAUCCAUACUGGAGAGAAACCAUGCAAUCCAGCAGGAGACGGAAAUGAAGCAGAAGUUGUUUUAGAAACCGACAGAAAACACCAGAAGAAGAUGAAAGAAGAGCUGAUGCUUUGAGCAGUUCGGCACACAGGACAAAAUUUUCUUUGAAGUUUAAACUGUUAACUGAUAGAGAAUCGGAGUACUGCGCAUUCGCCUCACUUGUAUUUGUAACGGUCGACUUAGUGGACGGAAUAAAAUAGAUGUUCAUCAUGAGAGAGCAGGUGGAUGUAAUUCACGUUGGAGAACAGCAGAUGCUGCAGACACCAGUGAAGAUUGAAGUGAGGCAGGAGGAGAUAAAAGAAGAAAACACAACAGAAGAACAAC